UAUUACUAAACAAUCUAUUGAGCAGCAAAGAAAGGGCGGAGCAUAAACGGCAACAAUUACAAACUAUUAACAAGUACGGCUUACAAACAUACAUAUGUACAAACUCCAUUGUGACCAACAACAAAUUUACACAAAUAAAAUACACAUCUAUAAUUUGUCAAUUGGCGCUGGGUUUUAGAAACUCUAAAUGGUCACAACAGCAACGAAAGAGUCCACGACGAGCCUGAUGAGAGACGAGAGCGAUAACUACCCUCAAAUGAUAAUUUGUUGUGGUAGGAAAGAAGACAGUUUUGUUGUAACAACAUGGCCGCAUAGCUAGCCAUAGUAUUUGCUAGCAUACCAAGGGUAGUUUCUCUUCCAAUCCAAACCACCCUUACCGGAACCGCUUGGUAUAUAAAGCAGGAUCACUCGCCAGAUAAGAGCACAGUUACAAUCUGAGAGUGAUCGUGUACGGUUAAUACCACAACUUCUAAUUCUACGAUUUUUUAAAUAUUUCCGUGUGUUGCGAAAGACUGAUUUGUAGUCACAAUGUCGCGUUCAUUUUUAAUGGAUUCUCUGCUGAGCGAUGUACCGCUAUCUAAAAAGGAUACUUUAGGUUCACCAACUGCCGCGUCUUUUACGUCGGGAGCAUCAACGCCACCAAAUAUGGGAGCGGCAGCAGCUGCGGCGGCUGCAGCGGCAGCGGCCAUAUUACCCAGUAUUCCAAUGUUCCCAUAUCCCGCUAGUUAUGUUGGCAGUUAUCUAUUUUCUUUGGGCAUCCAGCAACAACAACAACAGCAGCAACAUCAUCAUAAGCAACAGCAAGCAGCAGCAGCGGCGGCAGCAGUUGCAGCGGCAACCUCCUUGCAUCAUCACUCCAAUUCUCAAGCUACGGCAUCGCAUUCCGCACUCUUACACCCGUACACCGCAUCGCUUCUAUCGCAAAAAAGAAAAUCUCUGGGCUUUGAGCAUUAUUCUAGUGCGUCGCAAUUGCCUUACAACACUCCCACAUUGUCACACAGCGAUGCCUUUUGUACAUCACCAUCAGCAUCUUCAACGGGAUCUACUAUCGAAUACGGCAGCUAUGGUGAUGAGACGCCGUCGGCAAAACGUUUCAAACAAGACUCCGCUUCAUGUUCGCCUGUCAGUUCUCCAAACAAAAGUUGCGCCAUACAACCAGUCAGUGUCGUCAACUCCUUUCCGAGUAACCAAUGUUCGGUGUCCACGACUUCAAAUACCGCAUACUCAAACUCCAACAUCUCCGUCACCUCGUGUGGACGUAGCAUGCAACUGGAUAUUACACCAGUGAUUACCGAUUACGCGGACUCCAGUAAACGCAUUCGCACCGCCUUCACCAGCACUCAACUACUAGAGCUCGAGCGUGAAUUCUCCCUCAACGCAUAUUUAUCUCGCCUGCGACGCAUUGAGAUCGCCAAUCGAUUACGUCUAUCGGAGAAACAAGUGAAGAUUUGGUUCCAGAAUCGUCGCGUAAAACAAAAGAAGGGUUCGGAAAGUCCUACAUUCAAUUUUGCCGCCGGCAGCAUGAGUCCCACAUCAUCAUCGGGUGACAAGCAGUCACAAAGUCCUGCCACAUCACCAGUCCGCACCAGCCAACAUUGCUGUUGUGCGAAGAAUUUGAAACUUGAAGCGCGACAGGACGACGAUUCUCCCACUCAUUGUGGCAACCGAUCCUGUGGACUAGCGGAAAUUUAAGUACUAUAUUUUGUAGGUUAAGCGAAUAGUCCCGGUGUAAAAUGUAAAUAUUCUGUUGAUAGUUAUGAUAGA